CAAAAACUCAGAAUUACCAUAUUUGCGUAUCGUGGUUUGGCCAAGGCUAAAGUUUGAUUACAUGCCUAAACAUCAUCGUCAUUGUUCUCCUAGUCUUCAAAAUGUCCAGUCUCUGCAGCAUCCUGAUCAUCACCAUGACCCUCGGGAACCAUUACACCGAUACAGUCAUGAGGGCACCCUUGUUUCGAAGGAUCCGGGCCGCGCAGGCCAAAUGCUCCCUCAAAGAUCCGAAUCACCGAAUUAACUAUAGUUCACCACAAUGUUCCAAAUUCGGAUGUCAAAGCCAACCAAAAAAUUUGGGACCUGACAGGUGGAUAAUUUUAUCAUCCGUAUGACGCCAAGCCAUACCCUCAUGGAAAUAAAGACAUCUCAGUUGCUCAUAACCCAGCACGUCAACAUUUCAGGUGUGAAGUGCUGACGACAAGUUUUUAUCGAAACUGCUUUAUCACCCCCAAAAACGCAGGCGCCAAGCAUUGCCCUUCCAGAUGCUGGUGCGGAACCCGAACUGUGGCAAGCUCGAAACCCUCAUUGGGACGUCUCAUCUUGUGACACGUCUCCCAGUAAUCUUUGCCAGACGCACGUUGUCACCUGAUACAUAGUCGAUCUACUUGGCGUAGAGUAAAUCCUUUGCGGCGUGCUCGUAACCAGAUUUCCUCUCAGGAAUGCCGCAUUCUUUUUGCAGGAGCGUUAUGAGAAGUAAACUGAAUGUUCUCAGCGAGCCAAGUAGCCAUGUUUACGUAAGCCACUCCCGUACGGAAGUGGGAUAAGCGCUUCUGUGUGUCUGUGACCCCUUCCUACUCCAAUGCAGAAAAACCACAGGCAAUGGCGUUUUGAAGCACAUACUACUUCCUGUGUCCGAGAAGACGCCCCUUGGCUGCUUGACGCUCCUUAGCUAGACGGUUGGCUGUCGAGAAAGCUCCUGUGAAGCUCCAUCGCGGCGGCCAUCAUACUGUUAGAUAUGAGAGAGCCGCAGCAGCUUCCACGCCGAGUCGAGGUUUUCAUGAGACAGAAUCAGUAUGCAUCUGUUGUGGCACCGAAUAUAUACCCUGAGAUUACC